UCAUGCUGCUGCCAGGUCCAGAGUCUCUCAUGGGUCCCUGUACGGCCUCCCAUUGCUGCUGUCUCCAUCGCCACACUCUGCCAUGUGCCACUUUCAGGUCUCCUCACACUGCUGGUGUGUUCCAUUUUUUGUCAUAGGGUGCUGGCAGAUUACGGGCCUCCCAUUGCUGCUGCCAGGCCCCUAAUCUGCCAUGGGCCCCUGUACCGCCUCCUCAUGCUGCUGCCAGGUCCACAGUCUCUCAUGGGUCCCUGUACGGCCUCCCAUUGCUGCUGUCUCCAUCGCCACACUCUGCCAUGUGCCACUUUCAGGUCUCCUCACACUGCUGGUGUGUUCCAUUUUUUG